GAAAAAAUAUAUUUUUAUAUCUUCACUUGGAAAAUAUUCCAGUACUUUUUUGUUUUCUUUUUUGGAAAGAUCUUAGGUAUAUACGUGGAAAUUUUAAUCCUUUAAAAACACCAUUCUCCUAGCUUACUUGACAACUCCAAAAACUCUCCCCCCUCACUCUCCAACACACACACCAGAGCAAAACAAACAAACAAAAAUGGAGAAUUCCAUAGAAAUGUUUGACGUAAUAGUAAUAGGAGCAGGCAUAAUGGGCAGCUGCACAGCUUAUCAAACAUCAAAACGCAGCCAAAAAACACUCCUUUUAGAGCAAUUUGAUUUCUUGCACCAUCGCGGUUCUUCUCAUGGCGAAUCAAGAACCAUACGUGCCACUUACCCCGAAGAUUACUACCCGAAAAUGGUCUUAAAAUCCGAAACCCUCUGGAGAGAAGCCGAAUCCGAAAUCGGAUACAAAGUUUACUUCAAGACUUCACAGUUUGACUUAGGUCCUACUGAUAACAAAGCUCUUCAAUCAGUUAUCUCUAGCUGUGAGAAAAAUUCAAUCCCCGUUCGCGUUCUUGAUAAUAAACAAGUGUUUGACGAAUAUGGUGGAUUGAUUCAGUUGCCAGAAAAUUGGGUUGGUGUUGUUACAGAAUAUGGUGGUGUUAUUAAGCCUACAAAAGCUGUGUCCAUGUUUCAAACACUUGCUGUUAAGAAUGGAGCUUUUUUGAAAGAUAAUAUGGAAGUAGUUGAAAUCAAGAAAGUUGAAGGGGGUGUUUUGGUUAGUGUUAAAAGUGGUGAGGUGUUUUGGGGUAAAAAAUGUGUGGUGACAGUUGGACCGUGGAUGAAAAAGUUAGUUAAAAGUGUAACAGGAAUUGUACUUCCAAUUCAACCUUUGGAAACAACCGUUAUGUAUUGGAAGAUUAAAGAAGGGUAUGAGUCAAAAUUCACUAUUGAAAAUGGUUUUCCUACUUUUGCUAGUUACGGAGAGCCAUACAUAUAUGGAACUCCGUCGCUUGAGUUUCCGGGAUUGAUUAAAAUUCCAGUACAUGGUGGGCGUCUUUGCGAGCCAACAGAUCGAACGUGGACGCCCACAGUAUCGCUGGAUCCACUGAAGCAGUGGAUCCAGGAGAAAUUCGGAGGCUUUGUCGACUCCACAAAACCGGUCAUGACACAGUCAUGUAUGUAUUCUGUGACCCCAGAUGAGGAUUUUGUGAUUGAUUUUCUUGGUGAGGAAUUCGGAGAGGAUGUGGUAAUUGCUGGUGGAUUUUCGGGGCAUGGUUUUAAAAUGGGGCCAAUUGUUGGGAAAAUAUUAGCUGAUCUUGUUAUGGUUGGAGAAGCAAAAGAUGUGGAAUUAAUGUACUUUGGGAUUAAGAGAUUUGAGAAGAAUCCUAAAGGAAAUUUGAAGGAAUUUGAUGAUCAAGUGAGUUCAGCUCAUUCACUCUCUUAAGUGUAGCAUAUGUUAAUUUGUUUGUCUUAUUCCAUUGGUAUUGUGGCAAUUGUACCUAUGUGGUAUCUUAUCACAAGGAUAUGGUUAUUUAACUCUCACCAA